CAAGAACAUGGCAUAGAACUUAGUGAAAGACAUCUCAAGAGGAUAUUAGCUCUGAAUAACUUUCGUCGCCGACAUUACACUAACUUAGCUGAUGUGGUACAGUUUAUUGAGCAUGAGCUUCAAGGGUCAGGUCAGUUGCACGGAUACCGCAUGAUGCAUGCUAAAUGCAGACAGAAUGGUAUGCAUGUGAGAAAGGAGGAUGUUCGUGUCAUUUUAAAGUAUCUGGAUCCAGAAGGCGUAGCAGCCAGAACAGCUAGACGACUAACCAGACGUUCUUACUUUGCUAAAGGACCAAAUCAUGUGUGGCACGUUGAUGGAUAUGAUAAACUAAAGCCGUUUGGAUUAUGCAUCAGUGGAUGCAUAGAUGGCUAUUCACGAAAAGUAAUGUGGUUGAAUGUGUAUAAUACAAACAAUGAUCCAAAAUUAGUAGGAGGAUACUUCUUGGAAACUGUUAUGGAAUGUGGUGGCUUCCCUUGCAAAGUUCGUGCUGAUCGUGGCACCGAAAAUGGACACAUUUGUGCCUUUCAAAACUUCUUUCAUCAUAAUUAUGACUUAGAACGAAGAGUGUACAUCGAAGGAUCAAGCACUAGCAAUCAAAGGAUUGAAUACUGGUGGGCAUUUUUGCGGAAGGAAUGUACACAUUUUUGGAUUGAGACCUUCAGAAGGCUGUCAGACAGAGGGGACUUCACUGGAGACUUUCUAGACAAGAAUCUUGUUCAGUUCUGUUUCAUGAGCAUUCUACAGACAGAGCUAGACAAGAUGGCUGAUAUAUGGAACAAUCACCGUAUCCGACCCUCUGUGAAUCUCCAUGUACCAAGUGGCCAUCCAAUGAUGAUGUAUCAUACUCCACAAAUCUGGGGUACUGAAGAUCAGCUUUGCACCAAUGUUGAUGAUGACGAUCUGGCUGCAUGCAUAAGUGAUGCUGUAUUCCGAUCUACCGUACCAUGCGACAAAGAUGUAUAUGACUUGUGUGUGUAUAUUAUGAAAAGAGACAACCUUGAUCAACCAAUGGAAGUCCAGGAUGCCUUAGAAUUGUACAUCCAUCUGAAGCAGGAGAUUACUGUGUUGCUUUAAAUAUAUGCAUUCAGGAAAUUAAGCUGAAACCCCUGAAGCAAAAUAUAUCUUAACCCUCAAUAGCCCGGGGGGGG